AUGCCUUUAACUUCGUUGACCCGGAAAGAUAUCAAGUUCGGAUGGGGUGAAGCUCAAGAGAAUGCUUUUCAGGUGUUAAAGCUUUGUUUGUCAGAUGCUUCUGUUCUAGCUUUACCAGAAGGUAGUGACGACUUGGUAGUUUACAGCGAUGCUUCUAAACUGGGUUUCGGUUGUGUUCUUAUGCAGCGAGGUAAAGCUAAUGUUGUUGCAGAUGCUUUAAGCCGAAAGACGUAUGCAAACUCCAUGUGUUAUGCUAUUACACAUACGUCUGUGACAUCCACACUAGUUGACAACAUACGAAAAUGGCAAGUAGAGGAUUUGAAGCCUGAUCAUGUGAAACCAGAGCGUAUAGUUAGUUAUGUUUCGUAUCUGACAGAUGAUAGUCGAGGACUUAAAGUCUUCAAGGACCGUGUUUGGAUUCCAAAACUCGGUGGUAUUCGGGAAUUGGUAUUAUCUUAA